AUGUACCCAAUCCCGCUCCCAAGUUUUGCACAAAAUUUCCAAACCUAUAUCAAAGAUUACAAGCAAAUAUUCGACAGUAGUGAGCCUGAAAAAGCUCAUCUACCUCAAGAAUGGACUAAUCGUUUGGAUGACUUUCAAAAAAUCAUGUUCCUCAAAUGUAUUCGUCCUGACAAAGUGACAAAUGCAAUGCAAGAUUUCGUGUCUCAUAAUCUCGGUCAAAAAUUCAUUGAGCCACAAACGGCGGAUUUACAUCUUGUCUUUCGUGAUUCGUCAGCCACAACUCCUUUGAUCUUUGUCUUAUCUGUCGGCACAGAUCCAGCUGCUGAUCUGUACAAGUUUGCUGAAGAAAUGAAAUUCGCUAAACGUCUCAACACCAUUUCACUUGGUCAAGGGCAGGGCCCAAGAGCUGAAGCAAUGAUGCGUGCAGCUAUGGAAAAAGGACAAUGGGUGUUUUUUCAAAAUUGUCACUUGUCGCCAUCAUGGAUGCCAACUUUAGAACGAUUAGUCGAACAAGUCGAUCCAGACCAUGUGCACAAAGAUUUCCGAUUAUGGUUAACAAGUAUGCCGAGUCCUCAAUUUCCUGUGAUGAUCUUACAAAAUGGAAGUAAGAUGACAGUUGAACCACCUCGCGGUAUCAAAGCAAAUCUUCUGCGAUCAUAUGUCACGCUUAACGACGAUUUUCUCACAUCAUGCACUGGAAAGGUUGAUGAAUUCAAACAUCUACUUCUAUCGCUCUGUCUGUUCCACGCUGUUCUACUUGAACGACGAAAGUUCGGUCCACUCGGGUUUAAUAUUCCGUAUGAAUUCACCGAUGGUGAUCUACGUAUAUGUAUGAGUCAAUUACGAAUGUUUUUGAUGGAAUAUACAGAAAUUGCUUACAAAGUCUUAAAAUAUACAGCUGGUGAAAUCAACUAUGGUGGUCGUGUUACGGAUGAUUGGGAUCGACGUUGUGUCAUGAAUGUUCUCGAUGAUUUCUAUGCUCCAAAGGUACUCGAUUCGAAUUAUUGUUACGAUGAAUCACAGAUCUACCAUCAAUUGCCACCCACUUCUGAGCAUCCAGCAUAUCUUGCAUAUGUUCGCAGUUUACCCAUUAACGAUACACCAGAAAUCUUUGGCUUACAUGAUAAUGCGAAUAUUACUUUUGCACAAAAUGAAACGUAUCGUACAUUGAAUGAUUUACUUGAAUUACAACCGAAAACAGCGGCGGCGGGUGAAAAUCGUGAUGUUGUAAUCGAAAAAUUAGCUAAAGAUGUUCUUUCGCGUGUACCAAAGCCGAUACCAUUAGCACCAGUAAUGGAGAAAUAUCCGGUCUUGUACGAACAGUCAAUGAAUACUGUGUUAACCCAAGAAAUUAUUCGAUACAACAAAUUGUUGAAUGUUAUUCACACAUCUUUGCAAGAACUGCUCAAAGCUAUGAAAGGUUUAGUGGUACUUUCUCAAGCAUUGGAAGAAAUGUCGAAAAGUUUAUUCAACAAUUCAGUACCGGUCAUGUGGAGCAAAGCAGCUUAUCCAAGUUUGAAACCUUUGGCAUCAUGGGUCACUGAUUUGAUUCAACGUGUGGAAUUCGUUCAGACAUGGGUUGAUAAUGGCAUUCCGCCAAUAUUUUGGAUUAGUGGAUUCUUCUUUCCACAGGCGUUUCUUACCGGUACACUUCAAAAUUAUGCUCGAAAAUUCGUCGUUUCAAUUGAUACUGUCAGUUUCGGUUUUCAAGUAAUGAAACAAGCGGUAAAAGAUAUCACCCACGCACCGACAGAUGGUUGUUAUAUCCGAGGUCUGUACGUCGAAGGUGCCCGAUGGGAUCAAGCAGCACACGUUCUCGGAGAAUCCCGACCGAAGGAAUUGUUCACUGAGAUGCCAGUGAUAUGGUUACAACCAGAACAAAAUCGACAAGUUCCAACGUCGGGUAUUUACAUGUGCCCUGUGUAUAAAACAUUGACACGUGCUGGUACAUUAUCAACAACAGGACAUUCGACUAAUUUCGUGUUUACAAUCGAAGUACCUUCAUCGAAACCACAAAAGUACUGGAUUAAACGCGGUGUUGCGCUCAUAUGCGCUUUGAAUUAUUGA